AUGUCUAUCAGCUACUGGGAACAAAAAGCACAAAAAGCUAUCGUUCAAACAUGGCCGACGAUCCGGAAUAACUGGCACCUCGGCGUCACCGCGUUUGGUGGACCGCCAGUCCAUUUCAAAAUCUUCCAUGACAAGUUUGUGUUGAAGCUCAAUUGGAUCGAUGAGCUGUUGUACCAGGAGCUCUUCAGCGUCUCGCAAGCUCUAUCGGGCCCAGCAAGCACAAAAAUGCUGUAUUGUAUUAACUUAAUUCACAGCGGCUUAUUUGGGGCCCUGCUUGCCUUUUUCAUUUGGAGUUUGCCUGGAGCUCUGGGUAUGUUUGGUCUUUCCGUCGGCGUCUCCAGCAUAGGGAGUACAUUACCACGUGCAGUUUACGCCUUAUUGUCCGGGCUUAACGCUGCAACUGUUGGGAUUAUCGCCUUAGCAGCAGUGGAACUAUCGAACAAAGCAAUUACAGACAAGCUGACUAGAGUCCUUGUCUUUCUUACCGGUGCCGCCGGAAUGCUAUAUAACGCGCUCUGGUACUUUCCGGUCCUUAUGUUCGCCGCUGGUUUCGCUGCUGUUACACACGACUACCGCUGGCUUCAUCGUCUCGGGCAAGUUGCUAAGCGUAUUUUCAUACGUGCGAGACCAUCAUCGACAGGAUUGGAAAACAAUGCAAUCGAAACAGAUAGCCGCAGGGGCUCCAAUAUUACUGUCCCUGCGCCCCGGGAGCGUGAUCUCACUUCUGGGGGCCUGCCUGAGUCGCGCACCAUACCACAGGAGUAUCGGCUGGACUUCUCAUGGAAAUCCGGAACUGCUAUUAUCACGGCUUUUUCCUUUCCUUCGUUGUCGUAA